AUGGACUUUGAAGCUCUAGCGGACGGCAAACGCACCGAUGAAGCGGUCUUCAUCGACACGACCACAGCUCCGAACAAAUCUGACGAGGAUGCCAUGGAUGAUGCGCCCGACGAGGAGGCGGAGGAGAAGGAGGAGCUCAGUUUGGAAACACAACGCCAACGUCUCUCCGAGGGCAUUCGGUAUGUGGCUCGAACCAGAACCAGCUUGGGCGUCAGCUGCAUUCACCAUGGGUCAAUGCUUCAUUUUAGGGACGCAACAUAUCACGUCAGCGUCAUUGAGAAUGCCAUCAACAUUGCUACCAAGACAACCUACAUGGACACGCGGGUGGUCAAACAGAAGCCACUGCGACCCAACCCGGUGUUGCAAAAGGCCGCCAAAAGUGCGGCCCUGACAGAAGCCCAACAGAAUCUACGCACGGCCGCUCAGCGUCUGCGCGACCGACAGCGCCGCCAUCACGAUGCAACUACCAUCCUCAGGCAGCUCUCGGUGCAGGUCUCCUGCCGCUUGAUCAGCCCCGGCAUCGUGGGUGUGCGCCUGACCCUGCCCGCCUACGGAGUUCGCGUGGAGAACGACGAGCCCGAAGCCCGACUCUUGUACGGCCUGGCUCGACCCGAUGGCCUAGAUGAGGCCGCUCCGAUGGCCCUGGUGCUUCCCACUCGUCUGCGGGCGGGUGCCUACCUGGUGGUGGCCCACGGCGCAACCCUGCCCGCCAACUGGGACAAGGGCCACGGUGUGGAUGCAGCCAGCCUAUCGGGCUUUGGGGCGGAGCCCUUGCCCGUCUACUCGGCCGCCGAGGCAGCCCAACAUCUGCGCCGCGCACGUCAUACACUCUUCCUGCAACGUACUCUGACUGACCUCCAGCGCGAGGCUGCCACCUACGACGACGGUGCCGAGUGCCACUACAGUGGCAAGCAAGAUGGCUUGAUGCUGCAACGGCCCGGCUUUGUCUUUGCCUGUCAACUGCACCUGGGCGAGCUACGUGGUGGCACCUCCAAUGCCAAUACAACAUCGCUCCCGACUCCCACAGCGCCAUUCUUGACCUGGAAUACGGCGCAGUUCUUGCUGGCAACCCUUUAUCAUGAGCGUGCUCGCACUCGCCUGGCCGAUGACAUGGUCUCUUUGGCUCGGGCAAAUCGGGUGCCCAAUUUCUUGCCCACCCCUCUGUAUUGCAUCCUACGGUCACACAUGCUGACCAAGGCCCGCAACUCACUCGAGACCUGGAUGCUGGGCCACCAUCGAGGAGCUGGUGUCACGCUCACCGUAGCUCAGCGAAAGCAGUCCUUCCCUGAAGUGCGCGCAGCAUGGGCCUUUAUUGCCGAAGUGUUGAGUGUGACCCCCACGCUGGUCGUGGGUCUCUACCCCAUCGAGGAGACCACGCUGAUUGAUGACGUUACCGUGCCGGUAUUUGACAAGCGGGCCAAGGUCGCCUGGUCAGAGGUGCCAGGAGCUUCACUAGGCCAACGCCUCCGCGAGCUGCUCCCCAGCAGCCCAUCUGCCUUGGCGCCAGACGCUCCCGCGCUAGGUGCAAUCGCGAGUCAUGCUGGCCCCCAAAAAGCAGUGGACGCGCCUGCAACAGGAAAUGGGGAAGCUUCAUCGCUCCCACCACCCGUGGAGACACAAGUCCGCGAUGGUGUGGUGGUCCCAGAUGGGGCCAACCACACCACAGCACCAGAUGCCGGCAAGCCGGAACAAGGCACAUCCGCUCCAGAAUCAAGCUCAACAAUGGGCGAGGCGCCUCCCAUCAAGUCCGAGGCGUUGGCGCAAGCUGUUGCAUCAGAGGCAACGAAUGCUCCAGCUGCCACAACCGCCGCCUCGACUGAGGCAUCGGUUGCUGUCCACACUGUCGGUACCAAUGGUGUCAAUGAUGCGACGGAUUCCGCCUCUGUGGCGAAUGCGACUUCGACCGCACCAUCGGCCACCGCCAUGGACGUAACCACGGAGGAUACGGCAGCCCCUGUUGCAGAUGCGGCUGUGCCAUCAACGUUGCAUCCUUCUCAGAGCACGUCUCAGAGCACGCCAGAAGCCGUGACAGGCGCACCAGCAGUAGCAACAGCAGUAACAACAACAGAGACUGCCCCGGUGGCUUCAACGACCUCUCCCGCAACUGGAUCUGGCGCUGGGCCUCAACCUGAAGCCUCUGGUAAGGCGGCGCCAGAGUCCACCGACGCAACAAACUAA